UAGCCAGACAAGCGAGAGAGAAGUGAAAGAGGAGCUACAGAAUCAACAGGCAGCCUCACAAUUUGCUGCUUUUACUCAGACUUGUGGAAAGUCUGCGAAGAAUGGAAGUGACUUCAGUUACCUUUCAAUCCAGACAACUCACUGUCAUGUGGGUGGACUUUAACCGAUGGCACAAACUCUUGCUGAGUUGUUGAUGCACAAAACAUGGCAAGUCUGUUGUACAACAACCAAGGGAGGCUGUCCGGAGAGGAUUAUCAGGACCAAAAUGAAAACAACUGUCUGUUUGAUAACUGAAACACUCCUUCAAAGAUGAACCCAGAAUCUCUGGACUCGUCCAUCCAGAGUGCCCUGUCGGCGCUCUUCCCUCCCUUCGAGGUUACAGCGCCCAUCGUUCUCAGCCAGCUGUUUCGAACUAUUGAGGAACGUUACCACGGUGAUGCAUUGCAGUGCCUGCUGGACUUCCUCAUCCCCUCCAAACACCUACUGGAGAGUGUCCAACAAGCAGCAUGUGCUGGAUACUCUGAUGUGGUUUUCCGCUGUGAGGGUUGGCCUCUGUGUCUCCAUGACAAAACUGUCAUCCAGUUGGCACCUAUCAACCCACUGCUGUUGCGUCCUGGAGACUUCUAUCUACAAGUGGAACCUUUUGGGGACCAAGCAGCACGUAUAGUCCUCAAAAGUCUUCUGGAACAAGGCUGUCGAGAGGUGGAGGAGACCCCCGUCCCUGAGACGUCCUACCCCUGCAUCUUCACUGAAGACUGGCUGCAUGAUAUCAACGAAGGGCGCCAUGGAACUCCUCUGUCACGUUGCUUGCUUUGCACAGAUCAAGGAGUGAUAAAGUUGCCCUGGGCUAAGGUAGCCAUCCCAGAGUUCCUUGACAAGCCAAAGAUAAUGCCCACUCCUCCGUCUGUCAAUCGGAAAGCUCCUCCUGAACCAAUACAUGCUUCUGUUCACUCCCAUUUUAACUCCUCCACUCUCCCUCUGGAGAUGGUUUUUCCUUCUAAAGAGAGAAUGUCAGCAUCUUUAAGGCCUGCGGACUCUUCCUCAAAACUUAUAAAGAUGCACCGUGAAAAGCAAAUACCAAACUCCAAACCUUUCAUCAAACCCGUGGGUUGGGUUUCACCUAAUACCUGGGACAGUCGUAACUAUCCGGAGAUCGAGGGCGACUAUGUAGACCUGGUGGAUAUUGUUAAAGGGAAGGAGGUGAUGGAUAAAAAUGAUAGUCAGUUGAAUCCCUCCAGUGCAGCUUUGUAUAAACCUGUGAGACCGGCUCCACCUCCACCUCCGUUUGGAAUGCACCUCAUGGGACCCUGUGGAAGCACCCUUCAGUACGCAGAGGAGCCUUGUGUGCCAUACAGCCAGAAAGGAAUGGGGUAUGAUCCCUCUGAUCAAGACUUGAAGUGUAGGUACAGAGAAUCUUACUUAGCAGCGCUGAAGAACCCAGUCCCUUUUGAGAAAGGGAGUGUAGAUCUCCUGGCUGCUCUGGAGGAGGUCGGCGUCUUUGAAGAAGGGGAGUUGAAAUCACAACGCACAUCUGAAGCUCAAAGAGAUGAAGUAGGAAUCUUUGGUAACCACUGUAAAGAACCUACAACGAGUCACGAGGUCUGUCAGUACAGACACUUCUGUGAACCAGCAACAGUGAAAAUUGCAUCUCACCUCAAAGACCUCACGAAAAGUUCUGCAUCAGAAAACCUCAUGGCGGAAUCCCCCAUGGCUUUGAAAUCCACCCCUGAUUUAAGCCACAGUCAGAGAGUUCAGACCAAACUUCUUUCCCACCCAACAGCACAUCAGGCUGGGAUGAUGUCAGAUGUUUUCUUGGAUGGUUGUGAUGGUGAUAUAAAACCACAUCAUAAGGUGGAGGCUGUGAAACCUUCAGGGAAACACAAAGUUAAGAUGAGAUCCCUGUCUACGGUGUCAGAGACUCCUAAAGGGAGUCCACUUCUAUAUAAACUCAACAACAGGAGCCACAGCGAUAUUUGCCCUGAAAUGAUAACCAGCAUAAUACAGAGUAAAAGGGGUGACCAGCUGGACCAGGUAUCAACAAAGCUGGAAAGACGCAAGUCUCCCAAAAAGGACUCACAAUCAAGCUGGAGUGAGAUGCCCACUACCCCAGAUGGUCAAGAAUUUAAACUGCAGAAUGUGAAGACUGACAAACCAUCCCCUUCACAAAUCCAAGCUGCUUCUGCCUGUCCUGACACACCUCACUCCCCCAAAACUGAAGAAUCCAGUUUCAGAAGUGUUCGUGGUCUGCUUGAACUGGGCAUCAUUUGUUUACCAGGCAGCAGGGACAGGACGGGCAGGGCUGUUGUGGAGGUUCACGGUGAUCGAAAGGAGUGGACGUCUCCUCUAUUAUCAGCCCAUAGUGUUUGUGAAUUACUGCUCUACUUACACAACAUGCCAAGAAAAGAUGUUCGAGAACUUGGAAUGACUCUGGCCAUCAAUGCGAGGAAAAAGCCUCCUCCGUCUUAUCUCUACAAGGCUCUGCUGAUGGCCCAGGAGCAAGCUCUCCAUGCUGUCCACAGUAUUAUAAUCCUGGUGGAUAAAGACACAUGCCCACGUCCAGAAAAGCAGUCAGGACUACAGAUGGACACAGUAUCGUCUAUGAAAGCUCUGAACAAGACGGUGGAGGCGUCCCAGUUGACCUCUGAACUUGGAGGAACAUUCCCCUACAGCCAUACAGACUGGCUGCAGUUCCAUCAGAAGUUGGUCUCUUUCAUGGCUGACCUGCGAGGUGCGGACAAUUUGUUGCAGAAGGCGAUAAAAAAAGUGGAUGGCAUUAGAAAGAUGGACACUGCCGAGGAUGUGCAGAAAUGUAUUGAGGAGCAGAAGGCAUCAAUGAAAGAGGUGCUGGAAGAUGUUCGAUUGGUCACGCUACAAAGAGAAGGAGGGGCCGUACUGGCCAGGAUGAGGAGGGAGGAGUUUCGAUUCAGACAAUCUGAAGACUACAGAGAUGCUUUGGAGUCGAUGACAUGUUUGUACAACCAAGUGGAAGAGAAACUCCACGCUCUGGUGAUGCGCUCCAAUAAGUCACUGCAGCACCUUGAAUUUCUCUUCACACUGAGAGAGAUGGAGGCCAAAAUCAGCGAGGUUGGGAAAUGGUUCAGCACAGAUGGUGAACAGGCUCUGAAGGACUCUUACGCAACAGACGAUACCCUGGUGUGCACUGAAAAGACUUUGCAGCACUUUGAUCAGUUUCUCACUGAUGCUAAGGAGAAGCAACAAUAUUCCUCAACCCUAGUGAUGGAAGCAGAGAGGAUUGUGAGCAACAGGGAGUCCAGUCCUGCAACAGAUGUUUUUCUUACACUGGUCAGCACUUUCAAAUCCAAUAUGGAUGAUUUUAUGUUACGGGCGGAGAAGAGGCACAAAGAACUGGAUACACUAGUGUAUGUGCAUCGCUUCUGUGAUCAGGCAUCUUCCCUGGCCAAAGAAUGCAGUCAUUUUUUGGAGCAGGUAGAGCAGGGGUGUUACACAGUUCAGACACAUUUAAGCACACUCCAGAUGUAUGAGGAGAGAUUAGGUGGUGAAUUCUCCACCCAACACUUCCAGGCUCUGAAAGCUAAGGCCUGUGCCGUGGGAUCAGGGGUCUCUGGGGUGAUGAGGGUGUGGAAUGCAGCCUGGGUCCAGUGCCAAGAAGUCAAGAAGCGUUUAGAAGAGAUGCAGAAGCAAAAGAAAUGCUUAGAUAAGAAGCAGAUCCAGCAGACCACAUCUGUGGACUAUCAAGGGAAUGCUGGAGGAAUGGAGAACAAGAGGGAAAAGAGUGAAGUAGGGGGGGAUGAAUGCUCCUCCGCACGACAGCACGCUUCUAAUAAGGAUUCAGUCGAUAGCUCAGACUGUACGAAAGAAACCACUACUGGCGCAUGUUUAAGCCACCAUUUAAAACCUGACUUGAAAGAGUCAAAAGCUCUGAAUUCAUCAGAAACACCUGGAAAAAUACCUCCUGUUUUUCCACAAAAUGAUGCGUGCCAUCCUGAAACCUACUGGAGGCCAAGAGAGCACCACAGUGAAGUAGAUCUGAGGACUGUAGCCUAUAUCGAAGGUGAACGUUUUCCAUCGCACAAAGCUUUGGGUCGGUCCCUGAGCGAGGGAUCAUAUGUGAGCUCGCAUUUCAACUCUGGCUUUUCACCUUUGGUUGUACGACACAAACACUGUCAGAACAGGACACCGCUACUGGAACAGAAUCUGCAGCCCGGCCAAAAAGUGCCCAUUUCCCAUAAUCAGAGUUUACACUCAGGACACAUGAACUCAGAGUCAAGAAGAAACAGCAACGCAGAGGAGGGUGGUCCCAAUAAAGGAUGCACCGUCUCCACCCAGAGCCCCAAAGAUUUAAGGACCCCAGAGACAUUACUCACACAAACAGAAAACAAUGGCAGCAAUGUUUUAAGGAAACUACAAAAGAUCAUUGAGGAGCUUCUGUCCACAGAGAGGGAGUAUGUGAAGGCUCUGGGUUACGUUCGAGAGCACUAUUUCCCCGAGCUGGAGAGAGCUGAUGUUCCUCAGGACCUCAGGGGCCAGAGGGGGAGCAUCUUCGGUAACUUAGAAAAACUCCAUGACUUCCACCGACAUCAUUUCCUGAAUGAGUUGGAGAGCUGUGUGAAUGAGCCCUUCAGAGUGGGACGCUGUUUCCUACGACAUAGAGACAGCUUUGCUUUGUACGCUCUGUACAGUAAGAACAAACCCCAGUCUGACAGCCUCCUCAUCAAUCAUGGACAGACUUUCUUUAAGCAAAAGCAGCUGAAACUGGGGGAUAAAAUGGACUUGUGGUCGUACCUGCUGAAGCCAGUGCAGCGGAUCAGCAAGUACAGCCUUUUGCUUCAAGACGUAAUGAAGGAGUGUGGCCCUGGUCAAGUAAGAGAGAUGGCUGAGGUAAAAGCUGCGCUGGAGGUCGUCCACUUUCAGCUCCGUCACGGCAACAACCUGCUGGCCAUGGACGCCAUCCACCACUGUGAUGUGAAUCUAAAGGAGCAAGGCCAGCUGAUCCGCCAGGACGAGUUCGUGGUGACAUUCAGGAAGAAAAAGUGUUGCCGUCAUAUUUUCCUCUUUCAAGAACUCAUCCUGUUUAGCAAAACUAAAAAAACUGAAGUUGGGAAUGAGACAUACAUCUACAAACAGUCAUUCAAGACAUCCGACGUUGGCAUGACCCAGAACUGUGGGGACAGCGGUUUGUGUUUCGAGAUCUGGUUCCGAAAGAGGAAAACACAGGACACGUACAUGCUCCAGGCAAGUAGCCGGGAAGUGAAGGAGGCUUGGACCAAAGACCUGGAGCGGAUCCUGUGGGAACAGGCAGUACGCAACAGAGAGGUCCGCAUGCAGGAGAGAGUGUUCCUGGGAAUCGGAAACAAGCCCUUCAUGGAUAUCAAACCAAGUGAAGCAGCUAUUAACAACAGAGCUGUCAACUACGUCCUGAUAGGAAGAGAAAGCAAGGGUCUAUCCUCUGGGGGGUCCCGUGGGUCACAGGAUAAUCUUCCAGGGGGACGGCAGAAAUCUGUAGGUUCAGCCAGCAGUUCAUCUUCCUCAUCUUCAUCUGGAAGGGGUUCCCUGUCUCCAGUGGGUUACCUGUGUGGGUCAAAGCGUGGGAUAAUGGUGGGAGGCCUUGGAGGAUACAUCUCCCCACCUGGACUUCUGGAGGAGGAUGACCUGGACCAUGAAAAUGGAUGUCAGAACUUACUAUUGGACAGCUCAGAGUCUUCAGGAGAGAGCGUGAGUGGCUUCAGCAGUUCCUGUCCCAGCUACCACUCAGCUGCAGGAGGAGAGGCCGAGGACGCCGCCUCGCUCUGCGCCUCUAUAAUCACUGUUAAGGAGGCGGCAGUUCGACCCCAGGCCCCCGUGGUCACGCACAAACCAAAUGCUCCGUCAGCGUCUCCACAGACAACCCCACCUCCAGUUGCACCCAAGCCCAACCCACAACUCCAGGCCACGGAUCUGCCCAGCAGCAAGGUUCAAGAUGCUUGUGUUAGAAAAUCCACUGAAGUUUAACCUGUAACAUACUUUUAAGAUUUGGACAUAAUUCCAGAGGAGCCAAGGGAAUCUGUUAAUAUCAGCUUUGGAGCUUUGGUGUAACCAGCUGUUACUGUAUAAUUGACCACUUUGUAAAUAGAUCUUUUUUCUUCUAAUCUGAUAACUAAUAGGUCAAGAAAAAUGCCUAUACACGUACUGUAUUUGGAUCAGUGAUGUAUUUUGAUAUACACUUAACAUGGCUUUGCAUAGUGACCUUUAUGUCUGUCUAGUUUUAUAGAUAAUGCAAAUGAUCCUAGAGUUCCCUCAGUCUUUAAGUCUGUGCUUGCUUUUAAUACAUUAAGUACUGUUAAAUAAAGUGCAGUUUGACCAUAAGGGUGAAGUGUUUAAGGUGUAAUAAAGUGUGUCGGCUUUCAUCAGCGUGUUUAAUCCUGCUCUCACAGGUUUUUAGUAAAAUAACAUGAAAAUCUGUGAAGAAAUGUGCCACAAACAACACUUAAGAGCUUCUUUUAAUGCUUUAAUUAUAUUCUCUUUUGUACAGUUUUUAAUAUGUUACUGAUAUGAAGAUAUUGUAAUUGUAACAGUUGUAUGGCCUGUAUUUGAUUACAGAAUAUUUGCAGUGAUUAUGUGUAUGUUUUCUUUUAUAUGUGGUUUUCCUUGUACCUUUUGCAAAUAAACUAACUAAAAGCACACUAAAA